ACUCAGUCACUGCCGGCUCUCCACUCCGGCAGAGUGUAGCUCGGCGGUGAGGACGCUGCAACGCGCCCGCACUCUGCGGCCAGAGUGGAUUCGCGCGACGUUGCGGCUGCGCGAGGAGCCUUUUCCUGGGAGCCAUCCGGGAAAAGCCCGGCUUAACUACAGGCCUUUCGGCCAUUGGACGGACCCCCCAAGCCGCAGAAGGACGGCGAAAGGGGACUGAAGCUGAACUGAGCUCUUUCCGAAUGGGGCGAGCCCGCUAGGGCGAGGUGGGAAGGAGGGGUGGGGCGCGUUGUGAAGCUCACGGCCAGCGGUGGAUUAUCCGGGACACUUUGCGCCUGGGGGCUGCGAAGUGAGCGAGGAGGACAAGGGCAUGCUCAGUGGUGGCGGCGGUGAUGCGGCCCUUUCCAACGCCGCGGCGCGGGGGCAAGUGGAGGCCGUGCGGCAGCUCCUGGAAGCCGGUGCUGAUCCCAACAGACUCAACCGCUUCGGGAGGCGCCCUAUCCAGGUCAUGAUGAUGGGCAGCGCCCGCGUGGCCGAGCUGCUGCUGCUCCACGGUGCGGACCCCAACUGCGCGGACCCCGCCACCCUCACCCGACCCGUGCACGACGCCGCCCGGGAGGGCUUCCUGGACACGUUGGUGGCGCUGCACCGAGCCGGGGCGCGGCUGGACGUGCGCGACGCUUGGGGCCGCCUGCCCGUGGACCUGGCUGAGGAGCGGGGCCACCGCGACGUCGCCCGCUACCUGCGCGCGGCCGAGGGAGACUGAUGGCGCUUGCACACAGCCGCCCCAAACGAUUU